CGAGUCGCAGAUUUGUACGAUUUCUACGAUGCCCGUGGUGUGUUUUCAUAUUAGGGAAGAAUCGCACAACACACAGAAUGGCGAAUAUGUUCUUCAGUUUAAUGCAGAUUACAGACAAGUAUAUAUACACACUGAAAAAAGACCUGAGCUAAAACUGUUCUUGAUUGGGUAAGAAGACAUGGUAACCAGAGAAGUGUAAACCCAGACAAAGACAUUCCGUGUACCUCACAUUGUGAAGAUCAUGUAGAUACUGAACAGAAAACAUAGUGUGUUUAGAGAACUAGUAUGAGUUAACACUAACACUAAUACAUGCAUUAAUUAAAGGAUUGGUGAGAAAUGUAUUAGAGUUUUUCUUGGUUAUUUUGUUCUCCAAUUUCAUUGUCUUUUUCUUUCUCUACGUCCAAUCGAUGGACGACUUCAUGGUGGCGGAGGAGGAGGAGGCGUCGUUCUAAAUACGGGUGGCUUGUUUUAGAAAACACGACUAAAUUCUUACUUUUGAAAACCUGGCCAUUUUAUUUAAACCUUUUUUUAAAGUUAAAGAAAUUGGGUUUUUCAUAUGAGCAGAAGGAGCUCAGGAAAUGAAGUGCUGCUGCUGAAGGCGUUCCAUUAAAAUGUGAGGUUUAAUGGAGGACUUCAAAUGGGAAUCCAAGAUCGCUGUCUUCUUGAACAGCAAUGCGGGAAAGUAUCUGAGUGACCACCCCUUCAUCACACUGGUGCUGCUGGUCUUUGCGGUAACAGCCUCAGUACCUGUUGGGCUUUUCCUUGCGUUUGCUGUUGUUACACUCAUCACUAUUACGGCGUAUAGCAUCUUUGUUGAAAUAUUCCUGCUGACUAUUGGAGGAGUCAUCUUGCUUUGCGUUCUCUGCUGUCUUGCGCUAGUGGCCUUCUGGAUCUCUUGUGUGCUAAGCAUCCUGUAUAUUAUUGGCUCACAUAUCCAGAAUUACUCUUUAAUUCCCAGAGUACCUGAAAAGACAGUUUCCGCAGGAGACAUGGAGACAAAAAAAGACCUAAAUGACUGAGUGGUAAUACAGUCAAUGCAUUAAGGUUGCACACCCUAUCUUCUCUAUUUAUUACAUCUUAUAUUUCAGUCAGUGUGCGAUGGCAUUCAAAAAACAAAAAUAUUUGUUACCUUUAAAUCUUUUACAUUUUUACUUUUUUAUGAGUAGAUUUGAUAUUUUAUUGCCAGAAACAGCAUACCCUAUUGUGUUAUACCCUUACAUAUACUGACCAGCCAUAACAUGCUUAAUAGUGUGCCUUAAGCCUCAUCAAGACAGUGACUCCAAGACCUAAAGGUGUGUUGUGGUAUCUGGCACCAGGAUGUUAGAAGGUCUUUUACAUUCUUUAACUUGCAAGGUGGGGUCUCCGUGGACCAGACUUGUUUGUCCAGCGCGUUCCACAGAUGCCUGAUCGCCCAAUCACCUAAUGUUAAAAAAUUCUUCAUUCAUCAGAUCAGACCACCUUUUUCCAAUAAGUCUAUUGUCUAGUUCUGAUGCUCGCACAUAUUUUAGCUACCCAGGGCUGUACACUAUACACAGCACUAUACAAGUGUUGUGAUUUCUAUUGUAGCCAUCUGUAACCUUUUAAUCAAUUUGAGUUUCAGUCGAUGUGCGUUUGAAUCAGCCAAACUAGCCAUCACUACACACAAGCAUGAUUGAUUUUAUUUUCCACAAGUGCUAAUUUCGGGGAUACUCUGGCAUCAUCUUUCCAUCACAAUUUGUCAAUCACUUGUAUGCUUGCCCGUCUGCCCACAUCCACUUCAACAACCCGGGGAGGACCCCUUUUAACAAGAUAAUCGCUGUAAUUUACUUCACCGGCCAGUGGUUUUGAUGUUAUGGCUGAUCAGUGUAUAUGAUACAUAAAAUAAUAUUGACCUGUCAACCCAUUCCUGGACAAUUUUUGUAAUGUUGCAGAGUACAUAUCCUUUUAAAAGAAAUGUAAGAUUGCUGUUAUUCCAGGUAAUCAGUGAGGUCUGUGAGAUUAAUGCUUAUAUUUGUAUAGGUCAACAUUUACACGUGGGUAUCUGAUGCCUACUUUUUUUUUUUACUUUUUCUUUUUUUCCAGCAAUAUUUACUUCCUGCUUUUACUGUAGUUUAUUAUAAAGGAUUUUUGCUUAUGUUCUUGAAUGCACUGUAUGUGUAACUGUUGCACACAUCUACACUUGAAUUUGCUAAAAAUUCUUCACAUCCUACAUCUAUGUUGUAAGACACAAUUUAGUUAUUAAAAGAACGAGCUAAAAGCCUUUUCAUUAUAAAUAAACCAUGUUAAAUUGAAA